AUGGAUGUACUUUGAUCGCUCCGUGCAGCGGCCAAUACCGGGGCCAUGGUGUUGGCCUUUUCAAAACUUCGCAGUCAGAUUAGCCUCUCCGCACUGUUCCACCUGAAUGGUAGCGUCUUUCCUUUCGCCACCAAAGUGGCGUUGCCAUGUGCUGCCGCGGCCUUCGUGCUGAAGCUGGCGCAAGUGGAGGAGUGGCCAAUGCUGUGCGAAUUACUGGACAAAGCUGCCAUGGAUUCCACGGUGUACAAUGCCUUUUCGACCCUUCUGGGGAUUCUGGUCGUCUUCCGGACGGGCCAAGCCUACAAUCGCUUCUGGGAUGGAAGCACUUUGACGCACCAAAUGCGCGGCGAUUGGUUCGAUGCUGCGAGUAGCAUCAUUUCCUUUACCAGGACCUCGAAAGCCGAUAGCACGAAACUCUGGGAGUUUCGUCAAAUCGUGGUGCGGCUCUUUAGCAUGUUACACGCCCUUAGCCUGGCAGAACUGGAAGAUGAUGAUGACGAGGACGAAGAACGCUGGGCCUUUCGUUUGCGUGUCAUCGAUGGUGUGGGCAUUGAUGUCGACUCCUUAAGAGCCCUCAAAAAGGCUGAGUGUAAGGUGGAGUUGGUCUUUCAUUGGAUUCAAUCCAUCGUCGUCACGAGCAUAGAUUGCGGGAUCAUGUCUGCGCCGUCACCGAUUUUGACCCGAGCUUAUAGUGAAUUGGCCAGCGGCAUGGUGAAGUUUCAUGAUUGUUUGAAGAUUGCGCGGAUUGCGGUGCCCUUCCCGUACUCGCAGGCCACCCUGAUGUUGCUGGUGAUUCACUGGCUGUUAACGCCUUUCAUGAUGACGCUGGGAACAGAGAGUCCCACCAUCUGCUGUGUCUUCACAUUUGUGACCGUAUUUAUCCUCUGGGUCUUGCAUUCGAUUUCCAUUGAGCUGGAGAAUCCAUUCGGUGCGGAUGCCAAUGACCUGGACGUGCAUGACAUGCAACACGACAUGAACAAUCGCCUGCUGUUGCUCUUGGAUCCCAUCUCGGCAAAGAUGCCGACUUUGUCGGGGAAUCAGGUCAUGGACCAUGAGCUUUUGCUGGAUAUGGAGCGGAAUCGCGAGAUGCCCGCCUUCGACACCAUGUGGCGUAACCUCGCCGGAGAGGUGGAACAAGGGGGCGACCUGAAACGCGGCCGCCGCAGCAGCACCCAGCUGCGACGGGGCAGUUUCGUCGCCAGAAAGUCCAGCAGCCAGAUCUCAUUGAACACCUACAUGGGCAAGGUGUCCGUCAUGAGCUUCCGAGGCCCGCGAAGAGGCAGAGGCGAACAGAGCCCAGGGCUGGCCAGCGACAGCUCAUGUGACCAAGUUGACGGUCGGAUGUCGAGCACCCGAACAGAGGAAUCCAAGAGCCGGAAGCGCUCCGAGGUGAGCAUGAUGUCAGAGGGAUUCACGGCAUGCCAGCCAGCGGCCCUGGCCGCAGCGCCCAUGCAGCGCCCGCCGCAGUACGCGCGCCGCGGGCGCACGUUGGACGCAGACGCCGUCCGGAGUCAUUGGUGGAUCCCUCUCAUCGUGGUCACCGCCGCGCCUUUCGCCGAAAGCGCCAUGUCGCCCCUGCUGCAGCAUCCGCCGCCGCGGCCACCACGGGCAUCGGAGGAGCAAGAGCUUUCCGAAGAGGAAGGCCUUGACCGAGCAGUUUUGAUGACAGGUGAUGAGUUCGAUGCCUUGGGAUUUGCCUCGGCUGCCGACACUGGGGUGGGGCAGUCGGCUCUGGCAUAUGCCCAGUGGUUCCAAGCCAAAGCUACGAGGAGGUUGCAGCGCCUGGAACUCCGCCGAGCCAAACUCCGGACGGAGGGGGAUUGGAGCAGCGUGCCCAAGCAGACCCUCAAGGCAUUGUUGCGCAAGGGCCUCCCUCCCGAGUACAGGCCGGAGGUUUGGUGGAGCAUCCUGGGCUGCGAAGCCGUGAAGCUGCGCUCGCCCGUCAGCUACCAGCAGUACCUGGAGGAAACGGUGGAUGCUGCCACCUCCGCCACCAUCGAGUGCGAUCUGCCGAGGACCUUUCCCAACCACAAAAAGUUCCGCUGCGCAGCGGGCCGCGGCGAGCUGCGCAACGUCCUGUUGGCCUUUGCGCGGCGCUGUCCGGCGGUGCGCUACUGCCAGGGUUUGAAUUUCAUCGCUGCCCUAUUGCUGGUGGUUUUUCAGAAUGAGGAGCAAGCCUUCUGGACCUUGGUUUGCGCCUUUGAUGCCCUCGGCGUGGAGGGCUACUACACGGAUCGCAUGCUGCUGUUGCGGGCCGAUAUGCAAGUGCUACAGGCCUUCAUGAAGGUGAAGUGCCCCAAAGUGGCCAAGGAGCUGCUGCGGUUGAAUGUGGAUCUGAUGUCCAUUUGCUCGGAGUGGUUCAUCACCUGGUUUGCCAAGAGUCUGCCGGUCUCCACGGUGCUGCGGGUCUGGGAUACGCUCUUCUUCGAGGGCUUCAAGAUCUUCUUCCGCGUCUCCAUGGGUAUCUUCAAACAGAUCGAGCAGCAGGUCAUGGCGUGUCAAAGCUUCGAUGCGGUCAUGGAACGCGCCAAGGCCUGGCCGCGCUGUAUGGUGCAACACAACGAGCUGCUGAAAGCCAGCUUUCAAGGUCUGCCCUACCUGAAACGCCAGGCGCUGCUCAAGGCGCGAGAUGAGGCCAUGCUACGCAUCGAGCGCGAAGACGAGGAGCGUCAGAAGAUGGCGGAAGCGCGCCUGGCGGCGGCCAAGAGUCGGAAGUAGCUGGCACCCUCGCAGCCAUUUUUUUGACCAGCAAUGAUAUUUGGGGAAUCAUUC